UGCAUUUCCAUUCCAUGCCCCGCCUCUCAGCUUCCUGUGCAAUGCAUUGUGGGAUAGCCCCGCCCCUGCCCCCGCCCCCCCCCCCGGCAUUUGGGGAUCCUGAGAAUAGUGUGAAAGUGUUGCAUCAGCUGAGGAGGAGGAAGCAGAAGCGAGGGGGGGGGGGUUGAAGGGCUUGGAAAGGAGGCAGAGCUUGCAGGAGGCUGCUGAAGCCUCCUGGGCCUAAAAACGAGCAGGACUUUCCUGAGUUUUCGGGGGCCUCCUUGAGUCUGCAGCAGGGUGCAAGAGGACAGCGCUGCCUGAAGGAUUGCACGUGAUCUUACACACACACCGUACCAGCCUGAAGGACUCUGGGCUGCUGCAUGCUUUGGAUAAAGAGCAAGCUCACCAUUGUCUACCCAGACUGGCAGCAGCUUCAUCGAGGUUUCAGACAGGAGAUGCUACCAGAGAGGGGACCUGGAGCCUUCUGCAUGCAAGCCUGCAGGUAUAUGUUGGCAGAGGAAGAAUGAUAGAAACCCAACGGAUGGAGCUGCUAGAUGGGGAAAAAGGAAACAAGAGAGACUAAAAACUGGAGAAAACUGGGAGAAGAGGAAUGAAUCCAAUGCUUUUCAGAAUGUAAUCCGGCAAAUAAUACAGCAAGCAGGAGAAAGAAGCCUCUGUCCUCCGUGUAGGAAAAGCUCCUCUACUGAACCCAGCUUUCAAUCUUAGAAGGAAAUGAAUGCAAGGAAGAAACUACAUACAUGCCUGGAGUGUGGAAGGAGCUUCAGCCAGAGAGCACAUCUUAUUGUACACCAUAGAACCCACACUGGGGAGAAACCACAUAAAUGCCUAGAGUGUGGAAGGAGCUUCAGCCAGAGAGCACAUCUUAUUGUACACCAUAGAACCCACACUGGGGAGAAACCACAUAAAUGCCUAGAGUGUGGAAAGAGCUUCAGCCAGAAAGCACAACUUAUUGUACACCAUAGAACCCACACUGGGGAGAAGCCACAUAAAUGCCUGGAGUGUGGAAAGAGCUUCAGAACAAGAGGAGCUCUUACUGUACACCUCAGAGCCCACACUGGGGAGAAACCACAUAAGUGCUUGGAAUGUGGAAAGAGCUUCAGCACAAGUGCACAUCUUGUUAUACAUCAUAGAACCCAUACUGGGGAGAAACCACAUAAGUGCCUGGAAUGUGGAAAGAGCUUCAGCACAAGUAGAAAACUUACUAUACACCACAGAACCCACACUGGAGAAAAACCACACAAAUGCCUGGAAUGUGGAAAGAGCUUCAGCACAAGACCACAACUUACUGUACACCAUAGAACCCACACUGGGGAGAAACCACAUAAGUGCCUGGAAUGUGGAAAGAGCUUCAUCACAAGUACACAUCUUAUUGUACACCAUAGAACCCACACUGGGGAGAAACCACAUAAAUGCCUGGAGUGUGGAAAGAGCUUCAGCACGAGACCAGAACUUACUGUACACCAUAGAACCCACACUGGGGAGAAACCACAUAAAUGCCUGGAGUGUGGAAAGAGCUUCAGCACGAGACAACAACUUAUUGUACACCAUAGAACCCACACUGGGGAGAAACCACAUAAAUGCCUGGAGUGUGGAAAGAGCUUCAGCCAGAGAGCACAACUUACUGUACACCAUAGAACCCACACUGGGGAGAAACCACAUAAAUGCCUGGAGUGUGGAAAGAGCUUCAGCACGAGUGGAGAAUUUACUAUACACCACAGAACCCACACUGGGGAAAAACCACAUAAAUGCUUGGAGUGUGGAAAGAGCUUCAGCCAGAGAGCACAUCUUACUGUACACUGUAGAACACACACUGGGGAGAAACCACAUAAAUGUCUGCAGUGUGGAAAGAGCUUCAGCACAAGUUCAUAUCUUAUUGUACACCACAGAACCCACACUGGGGAAAAACCACAUAUAUGCUUGGAGUGUGGAAAGAGCUUCAGCCAGAGAGCACAUCUUACUGUACACUGUAGAACACACACUGGGGAGAAACCAUAUAAAUGCCUGCAGUGUGGAAAGAGCUUCAGGAAAAGUUCACAUCUUAUUUUACACCACAGAACCCACACUGGGGAGAAACCACAUAAAUGCUGGGAGUGUGGACAGAGCUUCAGCACGAGUGGAGAACUUACUGUACACCACAGAAUCCACACUGGGGAGAAACCAUAUAAAUGCCUGGAGUGUGAAAAGAGCUUCAGCCGGAGAGCACAUCUUAUUGUACACCAUAGAACCCAUACUGGGGAGAAGCCACAUAAAUGCCGCGAGUGUGGAAAGUGCUUCAGAACGAACGGAGAACUUACUGUACACCAUAGAACUCACACUGGGGAGAAACCACAUAAAUGUUUGGAUUGUGGAAAGUGCUUCAGAACAAGUGGAUAUCUUAUUAUACAUCACAGAACUCACACUGGGGAGAAACGACAUAAAUGCCUGGAGUGUGGAAAGAGCUUCAGCCAGAUUGGAAAUCUAAAAACACACCAUAGAACCCACACCGGGGAGAAACCACAUACAUGCUUGGAGUGUGGAAAGAGCUUCAGCCAGAGAGCACAUCUUACUGUACACCAUAGAUCCCACACUGGGGAGAAACCACAUACGUGCCUGGAAUGUGGAAAGAGCUUCAGCACGAGUGGAGACCUUACUGUUCACCACAGAACCCACACUGGAGAGAAACCACAUAAAUGCCUGGAGUGUGGAAAGAGCUUUAGCACAAGUUCACAUCUUAUUGUACACCAUAGAACCCACAAUGGGGAGCAACCAUAUUAAUGUCUGGAGUUUGGAAAGAGCUUAAGCACGAGACCACAACUUACUGUACACCAUAGAACCCACACUGGGGAGAAACCACAUAAAUGUUGGGAUUGUGGAAAUGCUUCAGAACAAGUGGAUAUCUUAUUAAACAUCACAGAACCCACACUGGGGAGAAACCACAUACAUGCUUGGAGUAUGGAAAAUGCUUCAGCCAGAGAUCACAUCUUACUGUACACCAUAGAACCCACUAGGGAUGUUCAUGAACCAGUCCGGAGGCCAUUCUAGAGGUGGUGCUUCAAAAGUGUUGCUGGCUCAAAGGUUCAGCGCUGGUGGUGUGGUAGUUCUUUAAGGGCAGUGGAGGGUGCACUUACCCUCCCUCCACUUUCCCCCCCUCUGGCGCUCCAUUUUUAGCAAAAACACAUGGAGCAGCAGUGUUUCUCCCUGCUGCCCCUUUCCUCGUUCUUGGCUGGAAAUGGCUGGAAGUAGCGCAUGUGCCCAGUACGAUGUGCGCUCAGUAUGUACAUGCUAUGGGUGCACGCGCUGGGGCUUUUCCUGGCCAAGAACAGGGGAAGGGACGGCCGGGAGCUAUGCUGCCGCCCCAUGGGUUUUGCUAAAAAUGGAGCUCCGGUGGGGGGAAAGCGGAGGGAAGGGUAAGUGCACCCUUCCCCACCCUUAAAGUACCACUGCCCCCAGUGUCAAACUGCAUCUCCUCAGUUUCAUGCACACCAUUAGAACCUACACUGGAGAGAAGCCACAUAAAUAACAGAAGCAUGGUGGAACAGUGAGAACCAGUGAGACACUGUUAUCCCUGGAUAUAAACUCUAUGGAAAAGGCAGGGAGGGGCGCCUUGGAGGUGGAGUAGCACUGUAUAAUAAUAAUAAUAAUAAUAAUAAUAUAUAAUUUCUAUACCGCCCUUCCAAAAAUGGCUCAGGGCGGUUUACAAAGAGAAAUAACAAACAAAUUAAUAAGAUGGCUCCCUGUCCCCUCAGGGCUCACAUUAUAAAAAAAACAACAACAUAAGACACACAACAGCAACAGUCACUGUAAGUACUGUGCUGGGGGUGGAUAGGGCCAGUUACUCUCCUCCUGCUAAAUAAAGAGAAAAGGUGCCUCUUUGCCCAGUUAGCAGGGGUCUGUUAGCAGGGGUAUGUUAAAGAAGGGAUAGAAUCAAACAAGCUAGAAAACCUAGUUGGACUGGAGUCCUCCACAGAAACCCAUACAAGGCCUGAAAGGGAACGUCCUACUGGGGACGUGCUAUUGCCCUCCGGAUCAAAACGCUGACAUUGACUGGGAGUUGCAGCAGUAAAUCAGGGAGAGGCAGGGCUGUAAUAAUGGGUGACUUCAAUUGCCCACACAUAGGCUGGGUACAUUCAGUCAGGUAAUGACAAAGAGGACAAAUCAGAUACGCUGAAUGACUGUGCCCUAGAAGAGUUGGUCUUGGAACCAACCAGAGAGAAGGUGACCUUGGACUUCAUCCUGAGUGCCAGUGGCACCCAGGACCUGGUGUGUGAUGUCAGUAUCAUCAGCCCUUUUUAGGGAACAGUGACCAUAGUGUGAUCAAAUUCAGCAUACAUGCGGGGAGAGAAUCACCAAGGAAGUCUAACACAGACAUUUUGAAUUUCGGAAGCGGAAACUUCUCCAAAAUGAGGAGUAUGGUGAAAAGAAAGCUGAAAGGGAAAAUCAGGAGAGUCACUUGGCUACAGAUUGCAUGGAGUUUACUCAAAAUCACAGUACUAGAAGCCCAGUUAGAUUGUAUACCCAAAAGGAGGAAAGGUACCGCUAUGUCCAGGAGGACGCUAGCAUGGCUAACAUUCUACAACAAUGUGCAAAAACAUUUAUGAAAAUGUACUUCAUUAUCCUUAAUGCAUGAAAUUUUACUUCAUUAUCAUUAAUGGAUUCUGAAUAUAGAAUCUGGAUCCCCUGUGUACCAAACACAGAUCAAGUGCAAUUUAGCCAUCCAGAGCAUAGGCUAGAAGUUCAAAUUAUCCAGCUCACAAGGAAGCCAUAAAAGGGAAGAAGACUUCCUUCCAAAAUUGGAAGCCCUGUCCAAAUGAAGAGAACAGAAAGGAACACAAACUCUGACCAAAGAAAUGCAAGGUGACAAUAAGGGAGGCAAAAAGAGAGUUUGAGGAACAUUUAGCUAAAAAAGUCAAGGGGAAUAACAAAUACUUCUUUAAAUGCAUCAGAAGCAGGAAACCUGCCAGGUAGGCGGGUGGACCAUUAGACAAUGACGGGGUGAAAGGGAUUAUUAAGGAGGAUAUGGAGGUUGCAGAGAAGCUAAAUGAGUACUUUGCCUCCGUCUUCAUGGCAGAGGAUACUGAGCAUAUACCUGUUCCUGAACCAGGCUUUUUGGGGAUUGUAGGCUAAAGAACUGAGUCAGAUAGAAGUGACAAGAGAUGAUGUUCUAAACUGUCUGGAAAAACUGAAAACUAGCAAAUCGCCAGGGCUGGAUGGCAUCCAUCCAAGAGUCCUUAAAGAACUCAAAUGUGAAAUUGCCUACCUCCUUGCAAAAAUGUACAGUGGUCCCUCGACUUACAAACUACUCGACAUAAGUAUUUUUCGAGUUACAAACAGCAGUUUUAGAUCCGGUUUUAGAUGCGGUUUUUUCGACUUACAAAUUUUUAGAUGGGGUUUCCUCGACUUACAAAUUUUUAGAUGGGGUUUCCUCGACUUACAAAUUUUACAUGCGGUUUCCUUGACUUGCCUGCCUGUUUACUGCCUGUUUAUUCUUGAAAAGAAAUGUUCCUGUGCAGUUUGCAAGCCUUACUGGGGGUCUGGGUCUUUUUUCUAGGCUCCGGAACGCAUUAAUCCGUUCCCAAUGCAUUCCUAUGGGAAACCGCUUUUCUACUUACGAAUUUUUCGACUUACAAAUGUGCAUUCAGAACGGAUUAAUUUCGUAAGUAGAGGGACCACUGUAUAACUUAUCCCUACAAUCAGGCUCUGUACCAGAGGACUAGAAAGUAGCAAAUGCAACACCGAUGUUCAAAAAGGGGUAAUCCAGGAAAUUACAGGCCGGUUAUCUUAACGUCUGUUCUAGGCAAAUUGAUGGAAAGCAUCCUCAAGGAUAAAAUUGUCAAGCACAUAGAAGAACAGGCCCUGCUGGGGGAGAACCAGCAUGGCUUCUGCAAAGGGAAAUCUUUCCUCAUGAAGCUUUUGGAGUUCUUUGAGAGUGUCAGCAAGUGUGUGGAUCAAGGUGAUCCAGUUGACAUAGUAUAUCUGGACUUGCAAAAAGCUUUCGACAAAGUUCCUCAUCAAAGAUUCCUGAGGAAACUUAGCAGUCAUGGGUUAAGGGGACAAGUACAUGUGUGGAUUGCGAACUGGUUGAAAGACAGGAAACAGAGGGUAGGUAUAAAUGGAGAGUUUUCACAAUGGGGGGAAGUAAGAAUUGGGGUCCCCCAGGGACUGGUGUACUGGGACUAGUGCUUCUUAAUUUAUUCAUAAAUGUUCUAGAAGCAGGGGUAAGCAGCGAGGUGGCCAAAUUUGCGGGUGAUACCAAACUCUUUCGGGUAGUGAAAUCCAUAACUGAUUGUAAAGAGCUCCAAAAGGAUCUCUCCAAACUGGGUGAGUGGGCGACAAAGUGGCAAAUGCGGUUCAAGUGUAAAGUGAUGCACAUUGGGACGAAGAACCCCAACUUCAAGUAUAUCAUCAUCAUCAUCAUCAAUUUUAUUGUGGCCAUUGCCCAGCAGAAAUAGGAGUAACAAAUAUACUCAAUACAACCAUCAAUAAAAUAAUGCUAAAGCACAAUAAAACAGAAUACAAUCACUCAAAAUAAAUUACUUAAAAACAAUAGACAGCUCUCGUAAUUAAGCACUUAAUAGGGAACUUAACCUAAUGGCAAUGUAGAAAAAUUUAGCCACGGUUGUUGUAAUCCCGGGGCUUGAAUCCGUGAGGCAGUAAUAUGUAUAAAAGAGCUCACACCUUCCGGGAAAUUUGAGUAACAGAGGGGAAAUAAAUUCUUCACUAGCAUCGCGAUAUAAAGAGCAAUAUAGCAAUACAUGGGUGCCAGUUUCCAGGAGGCCAAUGCCACAAGGGCAGAAAACUGCAACAGGAUGAUCUUUAGCAAACCUCCGUUGCAAAAGAGAAGAGGGCAACACAUUAAACCGGGCCCGAGCAAAUGGAACCCGAAAUUUAGAAAAAUGCUGCGUGGCAAAAUCCCAAAAUGUAAAGGGGACCAAAAUGUCAAGGGGAAACUUCAAGUAUAUGCUGAUGGGAUCUGAGCUGUCGGUGACUGACCAGGAGAGUGAUCUUGGGGUCGUGGUGGACAACUCGUUGAAAGUGUCGACUCAAUGUGGGGAGGUUGUGAAAAAGGCCAAUUCCAUGCUAGGAAUCAUUAGGAAGGGGAGUGAAAAUAAAACUGCUAAUAUUAUAAUAACCUAAUACAAAACUAUGGUGUGGCCACACCUGGAGUACUGUGUACAAUUCUGGUCACCACAUCUAAAAAAAAGACAUUGUAGAACUGGAAUAAGCUCAGAAGAGGGCAACCAAGAUGAUCAGGGGCCUAGAGCACCUUUCUUAUGAGGCAAGGCUACAAGACCUGGUGCUUUUUAAUUUAGAAAAAAGACAUGAUAGAGGUCUAUAAAAUCAUGCCUGGUAUGGAGAAAGGGGACAGAGAGAAAUACUUCUCUCUUAGGACAUAACUAAGUUUGUUUGGCAGGGGAAAAGACCAAGAAUUAAUUUUAAGAAUUUAACAGAAUUUAAAAAUUUAACAGAUGCAAAGGAAAGAGGUGGUCUUACCUUGCCAGACUUAAGGUUAUAGUUUGAUGCUGUUUGUUUGACAUGGUUAGAAGAAUGGAUAACUCUAAGAAACCCUAGAAUUCUUGAUUUGGAAGGAUUUGACAGAAGGUUUGGAUGGCAUGCGUAUUUGUGGUAUGAAAAAAGUAAAAUACAUAAAGAUUUUUUGAACCAUUCUGUGAGAAGGAGUUUAAUGAGGGUGUGGUUAAAAUACAAAAAUUGGUUUGAACCUAAAACUUCGUUAUGGGUAUCUCCGAUUGAAGCCUUAUCAUGUAAAGAAGUAAAUAUGGAAAUGUGUUGGGGUACCUAUAGGGAUUUGUUACAUUUUCAGGAAAAGGAUUGUAAGUUAAAAAGCUUAACUGAAAUACAAGAUUUGGCUAGAGAUUGGUUUCAAUACCAUCAGCUAAAUGAGAUGUAUAAGAAAGAUCUUAAAGUCGGAUCGGAGGACCAGACUUCAAAUUUUGAGAAGGAAUUAUGUCAAAAUGAUGAAAAACUAGUUUCUAAAAUGUUUAAACUGUUGCUUUUGGAGGAGACAAGAGAGGAAGUGGUUAAAUCGACUAUGAUAAAGUGGGCUCAAGAUGUGGGGCGUAAUAUAGAAAUGGUAGCCUGGGAAAAGUUAUGGAAAAAUGAUUUAAAAUUUACUGCAUGUUAUGCUAUAAAAGAAAACUAUUAUAAAAUGAUGUAUAGAUGGUAUCUGACACCAAAAAAAAAUGGCAUUAAUGUAAAAAAAUGUUUCAAACAAAUGCUGGAAGUGUGGACACUUUGAAGGCACAUUUUUUCAUAUGUGGUGGACCUGUGGGAAGGCUAAAGCCUAUUGGGAUAUGAUAUAUAAUGAAUUAAAGAAAAUAUUUAAAAUGACAUUUCCUAAGAAGCCAGAAUCCUUCCUGCUGGGAGUAACACAAGGUGCAAUUUCUACAACUAAUUUAACAUUUUUCAUGUAUGCCUCUGCGGCGGCUAGAAUUAUAUAUGCACAGAAAUGGAAGACCAGUGAACUGCCUUCAAAAGAAGACUGGCUGAUAAAAAUUUUGGAAUAUGCGGAGAUGGCAAAACUCACAGAACUAUUAAGAGAUCAAAACUUGGAAUGUUUUAAAGAAGAUUGGAAACCAUUCUUGUUGUAUCUAAAGAAUUACUUUCCUACUAUGGUCUUGACAGCAGGGUUUGAAAUUUAGUAAAAAUCGCAGGUUGGUUAGAUUAAUUAUGUUUGUAAGGGUUUGAAUAUAUGUUUUGAAUUAUUAUUACAGCAAGGGUAAAUUUUAUAGUUGAUGAUUCACGAAGAAAUGUGAGCUGGAAGUCCACCUUUUUUGUAUGUAUUUCUAAUGAAUGAUAAUAUUACUAUUGUUAAAAUUAAUAAAAAUUGAAUUUGGAAAAAAAAAAGAA